CAAGUACUUGCGAUAGUUGUUUAAAGAGACCCAAUAUUAGUAGCGUAUGAUUGUCCUCAUUCUACCGGUUGACAUUUUGCACUUAACAGAUCUAUUACAGGGAUAUACAGUCAAAGUGUCAUAAACACCUAUCAGGGUGACUAUAUGGGAUCCAGAGGACUGGGAUUUCAUUCUGUUGUCAGGAUGGACUACUUUCCGAACAACGAUGAAAGUGAUGGCACCAGCACUGCAAGCACCAUGGAUUGCUCUGGUGUGGUGGAGAUGCUUCCGCUGGAUCCGACAGAGGAUGGAGUCUUCAAGGCCAAUAAAUCCGGUUGCAUGGCUUCUUCAACGCAUACAAUUGAACUUAAAGUAGAAGAUUAUUCGUCUUUUGAUGAAAUUGCUUCUGCUUGUGCAAAGGAAUGUGACAAGGUGAUACCUGUUGGCGACGGGCGUACGGGACUAGUGUGGUUGGAUAACAAUGAGUUCUUUAGCUUGAAAUGUCUAUUGGUAACCGAAGGUACUGUUACAUGCGAUUGCCCAGGAUAUGGUGGGAUCUUUCCUUUCAGUCCCGAUGAUUGUCCUGUAUCGAAUGACAAAUGCAGCGAAGUUGAAUACGUUGAUGGAAUUUCUCUUGGAAUUUCUGAUACAGUUGCUCCUGUCUACCGCAUCCCAGGAUAUUAUGAGCAACUCGGCUGCUUUAAGAACCAUACAGACUAUCUUCUUAUCAAUUCCGCAGACCAAAAUAACUUUCUCAGACAUCCAAAGGCGCAGGAAGAAAUCACGGUGUAUAUGAAGGAAGGCGACAAAGGCCCUUCCUUAAUUCAACAGUGCAGACGGCAAUGUUGGGAUCUGGAGAGGGCGGUGAUUUUUGGCCUAACGUGCCUGGAUAAUUUGAAUGGUAAUCUGUACGCGACUUGCGUAGGCCUCCCCUCAUUUGACCCCGUUGAUACAACCGAUAAUUCCCUAAGAGUUGGGGAUGGAAAUCAAGAUUGCGCUGCAUUCAGUGGCGGUGAGAAUUCCUGGUCUUAUGAUAUCAAUGGCCGUUCCAAUCCCAAUGCUUGUGAUGGGGAUAGUACUCAAGAUGGUUUUUCUUUGGGUGGAAGAAAUAUAAUGGCCGCUUACAAGAAGUAUCUAGGAAUGCAGAAGCCGAUAAUCGAGGAACGACGCCAACUUCAAGAGAGCAAACCUGAGUCCGAGAGGAUGAAUUUUGCAACCAGCAUCAAAAUCCACCCGGAUGAUGCCAAACUUAAUUUCGAUGAUCUUAUUGCCCCUGCUGCAAACUGGGAGGCAUGGACAAGAACUACUGAGGAGCUCGUUGCUGGAUUUGCCACCGCAGCGGUGGCUAUGGCUGCAAUUUAAACAAACAACAAUCCAUCUCGUACCUUUUUUUCUCAAUUUUAGGAGGCUAUUGAGUUUUCCCGGGUUCUUGAUGGAUCAUUCACACUGCAUUUACAAAUACAUAUUUACUAGUACAUAAUUAUUUACAUAAUUACACAUGGAAUCAAUUAUUUCAUUUUGUUAUUACUGUAUUCUUGUCACCGCACAGCUGCUGAUCCUUAUCUGUUUUCCGUACGUUUGGUACGUACGGUACCGUAGAUUGAUUAGUGUGAGGAGAAGUUCUUAUUUUCGGAGACGUUUGAUUGAAUCCGUACACACUCGUACUCGUACUCGUAUCGGUAUUCUUCCUCCUGCAUUCAAUUGCUGUCAGAGUGUGUUUGCGGCUGGGGUUGGGCAAUGUCACAGCUACGAGGAACAUCCUAGCGAAGAAAACCCGAGCAAACAACCCAAACCCCAUUCCAUGGUCGAUGACGGUGCAUUCGUGUCCAAGCAGCCACCAGAAGCAUUGUCGUCCACGCCGCGUUCGGCGCCGGCGCGAUUCUUCCGCGUCCGCCCUGCGGCUGGCUCGGACGAUUUCCGGGCUGAAUCGAUGCAUCGGUCUGUUCGUUGUGGCGGUGCUCAUCCUCUGGAUGUGGAUGAUCCUUCGCCUAUCGGGAUCGGUUCCGGCAAACGGAAACGAAAGCGGGGAGGGAAUCGAUUCCGGGGAAGGCAGCAGUAGCAGCAGUAUUGAAGCCAGAAACAGAACCCACCCGGGCGUCGCAUGCUCCCGUCCCGUUUCCAUACGGGAGGACCUGACGGAGGAGCAGCGCAACCCCGCAGUAGGAGAGCGCUGGAUGGUGGAUCCACCGACCGGUGGAAACCUCCACCUGGUGUGCUGCGACACCACCAAGGGAAGCUUCCGGAUCCUCCUGCACGAACGCUGGGCCCCCACUGGUGUUUCCCACCUGCUGGAAAUGCUCGGGGGUGGCUACUUCGACACCGAGAUCCCCCUCUUUCGCUGCACCGACGCCUGCCAGUUCGGCCUGUCGGCCAACCAGACCCUCACAAAGGCCUUCGGGGGGACCGUAGCCGACGAUCCGCUCUGGCUGCCGACCGGGCCAGAGCACCGGUAUUUUAGAGCGCCGGGAGGCAGCGGGGAGAUCGAGCGGUACCCCAAGGGGGUCCUCACCUAUGCCGGGGGGGGCAGGAACAGCCGGGGGAACCAGUUCGUCCUGACCCUCCAACCAAACAAGUACAUGGGCGGUGGAUCGCCGUGGGAGGUGCCCCUGGGCGAGGUAGUCGAAAUCGAAUCGGAACGGAAAAACGCGGGCGGCGAAAGCAGCGACGUUUCGCUCCCGGACCUCUAUACGGGAUACGGCGAGCGGGGCCCCGGGCAGGGGCUACUGCACCGGGAGGGUGCCUCGGCGUCGGUCCGGGAGCGAUGGCCACUCAUGGAUUACGUCCUCCGGUGCUCGGUAGUCGACCAAUGGAUCUCGGACGGCGGCGGUGGUAAGGGAUAAAACCAUCGAAACCGAUGGCUUGCAGUUUGCGGCGGAGCGAACGGAGCCACUCCGCCGGCACGCCGGUGGCGCUCGCCCGCGCAACCGGUGCGCUAGAAAGCGAUUCCGCGUCCCUCUGGAACACACAACCUACCACCGCACGAAAUCAAAAACUCGGCGGAUAGAAUGUUGUUCUAUAUGGCAACACGCACAAAUUGGAUUUUUUCUUCUUUAUUAAUUAGUGUACAAUACAAAAUACUUCCGUGUGGCAUAUAGUUUCGUCGCCGUAGUCCCAGUGCAACCUCUUGCAUCCUACAAGUACCAUAACCAGCCAUUCAAAAAAUUAGCAAGUAGGCACCUCCGAUCAGCGACGAACACUUUUUGCUAGUCAAUACAAUUAAAAAGACUUCACGUAUUGUUGUGCCGUCUUCGACCGUGUCGUUAUCGCUCCAUCGUGGCCACUUCCUCACACGGCGAUAGCGUCCUCUGCCGCUGCCAGGGCCGCCGCCGUUUCGUCUCCCGCCUUGCCGUUGCCAGUUUCGGUGGU